CCAAAAUAUACAUUAAACAUCUCGCCUGACUUACAAGACUUACAAGACUUAUUAACUAACUACCUGUUAGAAAUAAUUCAAACUUUGUAAUGUCGAUGUUUCAAUAAAAUAAACGGGGCGUCACGUGUCACUGCCGGCAUGUCCUCUGUUGUGUUGCCCGGCAGCUGGCCGGUAGCUCAAGGAUUGGUUUCCCGUUAGCGUCGAGUCGAACGGAAUGGUUCAAGGUUUUAAGUCUAUGGUCCAUUGUCUCACUUCAAAGGAAACAGCAAACCCGUUGUGCGAGGGUAAAUUCUUUUUUGCUUACCUUCACAAUGACGUAGCAAUCACGCGUUUUUCAACUUUUAACUUCUUACAGUCUUUCGUGUCACUCAUUUUUUCUUUCAUUCGCCAUGUCGCCCCCGUCAAACACGUCGAAAUCAGAGAUACCCAAAGCCCCAGAGCCUAAAUAUGGCCAGGUAUUUGAUUCUUGGAACUCGUCCGCUACCGGUCAUCAGCGCGCCGAAAACCACUUGGGGAGAAGCACAGGAUGGCGCCAGUCUCGGAACUUGAAGCUGACGAGCCAAUUCAAAGGAGGUCCGGGCGGCGGAUCGAGAGUAUCAGACACAGUUGGUACUGGAUCAAAAGACUGGGACCCUAAGCUGAAAGCUCUUGUCACGCCUGAACUACGGUCACGCGCUAAGUGUUCCGUCAGGGAUAUGCUUGCAAAGCCAGGGAUCAUGGCAACGAGCAUACCUUCGUCGUCUACGUCUACCGCACCAGACCCAAAUUCCAUGCCGGAUGAUAAAGAUAAAGGUUGUAGCGGGCCGACAGCCGAGGAAAAGCUCAUGUCCCAGCGUAAAACCGAAGAUGAAGCGCGAGAGGCGGGAAAAGCCCAGCCCAAGAGGAUUUUCGACGGUGUUGUGGUCUAUAUCAACGGUAGCACGCACCCCCUGAUAUCGGACCAUAAGCUCAAGCACAUAUUAGCGGAACACGGAGCCAGAACCUCGAUCAAUCUCGGACGACGGCAGGUAACUCACGUGAUUUUAGGUAGGCCGACCGGAGGGUCUAGGGGUGCUGGUGGAGGGUUAGCAGGAGGGAAAUUACAAAAAGAAAUCCAGAAGGUUGGUGGUUGCGGGAUGAAGUAUAUAGGUGCCGAGUGGGUUCUUGAGAGCAUUAAAGCGGGCAAACGACUUCCGGAGGCGAGAUUCAGCAAUUUGAAAAUGGCGUCUAGGGGCCAGCAGAGCGUAUAUGGGUCAUAUUCAACGCCUCCUAAGAUGUCUACGGAGAAAUCCGCAUCCGAAUAGACAAUAGACGUGCCCAACGUCAUCAACAGAGGUUGGGCGAAUUUACGACGCUGCUCGCUAUGACCUACGCCACGGUCAACGGGUUGGUUGCAUUCAGGGUUUACAACAUUACACAUUGCAUUAUGAGAUACAUGAGGUUGGUUACUUUGCAUGACACAUCAGCAUCAGCAUAAAGCAUCAAUUGCAUGAAUGGUCGGGGUCGGUAUGUAACUCGGGCGGGCUACCGGGAGUUUUUGGUUUACGGUUGCAUGGAGUCGGGGAAUUGCCGGUCGAUUCGUCGUAAUUCAGAUUCGGUUCCUUGAAUUGCGACGUCUUGGACCUUGACAUGGCGUCCGUUCCAUAAAGCCGGUUCGCAAAUUGCCAAUCCGGCGAGGUUGUAAUAAAGUCUUUAUCAUCUACCUUGUCGUUUAAUUUAAUGCGCCGUGCGGAUAGGCCCAUAUAUCCCGUAUCUUGGUACCGCGUAUUCUUACAUACCUCAAACAAACAUCUCAAGUCUUGCUGUCUGUCAUAUCUUAGCGUCAUGUUCAUCUCAACCUUCGAAAGAAGUACGGUUAUACGUGAUGUCCUCGUAAACAAUCGUCUCAACCCGCUUCGCAGGAUUUCGGGGUUUGAGUCUCUUUGUUAACUCGGUACAAAUGGAGUUUACCGAGGAUGUGGC